UAUAUUUUAUUUUAUUUUUAAUUUAUAAUUUUAAUAAGCUUUUUGACUGCCACAUAGGACAUUUAAUAAUGACACUGACUAUGGGAAAUGCUCCCAAACAUACUCAUCUUGUAAAAAUAUAGAAAAUUUUGGUCAAAUUUUCGUUUUUCACUCGAAAGAAUUUGGUCUAGUUGAGACAUCGAAUUUGACAACUCAUCCCAGCUCAAGCCGGUCCCUUUGCGUUGACUUUUUUUUUUUAUUCCUUUUUUGGAGUUCUGACCAUGCAUGAAAAUAUGCUUUGCUCAUUGAUUCUCAAAACUCUUACAAGUGCUUCAACGUUUGCAGCUGUUGUCUUCUCUAACUUGGUUUGAUUUUCUUUUCCUUUUGUGGGUUUGGUACUUUUCCAUUUGCUGCUUCUGCAUGCCUCUUGCAUUCCUCAAAAGCCAGAACCUUUCCUUUUGAUUCUCUGUCAUCACAUUAACUAAUUCUAAACUUUCUCAUUAGCUCUCUGAUUGCUAAGAGAGAUGGCGAGUGACUGAAAACCCUUUUUAAUUUCUCACCAUUUUGAUUAUUUGAAUUUAAGUCAUUUGGUGUCAUCGUUGCUUGGUUGCUGUUUUUCAUUAAUAUUUUCCUUUUUGAGUCUGCCCUGCUGUUGGUUCCUACUGAAAAAAGAGAAAAAGGAAGCAAGGAACCAAAGAAAGAAAGAGAACACCGGAAAGAAUGGAAGCUGCAAUUGCUACUGGUGGCGCUGGCAACCUGGUUGCUGAAGUUGUCAAAUACAUAGCCACUCAAUUUAAACGUCCUGUAAGUUACAUAUUUCUCCAUAAGAGAAAGGUUGAGAAUUUUGAGGAAAAGGUUGAGAUGUUAACAGACAGACGGCAGAGAGUGCAGAAUGCUGUUGAUGUUGCUGAAAGGAACAUGGAGAUAAUAGAAAAGGAUGUCCAAAAUUGGCUUAUUAGAGUGAACAGGAUAAUCAACGAAGAGGUGAAGGAAGUGAAGGAUCUCGAAGACAAAGCCAAGAGCAAAUGUUUUGUUGGCUUGUGUCCUAACUUCAGGUCUCAUUACCUGCUAAGCAAGAAAGCAGGAGAAGAUGCCAACACUAUUGAUGAACUCCUCCGGCAAGGUGAAUUUAGCAGGGUAUCAUGCCCUGCUGCUCCACCAGACAUAGUGGCUGCCUCUGCCAAAGAGUUCGAGGCCUUUGAUUCAAGAAAGAAAGUUUUUGAUGAGAUCGUGGAGUCUUUGAAAGAUGCCAGUAUCAACCUGGUGGGGGUCUAUGGGAUGGGUGGUGUUGGCAAGACCACACUAGUCAAAGAAGUUGCGAGACAAGUCAAAGAGGAUAAGUUAUUUGAUUCGGUGGUUAUGGCAGCUGUAACUCAGACACCUGACAUUCAGAAAAUUCAAAACCAAAUUGCAGAUAUAUUGGGUUUAAAGUUUGACGAGCAGAGUAUGACUGGAAGAGCCUGUCGGUUGUCUGAAAGGUUGAAGAAAGAGACGAAGAUUCUUGUUGUUUUAGAUGACAUUUGGGCGAGGCUAGAUCUGGAAGAAGUUGGAAUUCCUCUUGGAGAUCAACAGAAGGGAUGCAAGAUACUAUUGACAUCAAGAGAUCAAGAUGUACUAUUUAAUGGGAUGGAUGCUAAGAAAACUUUUGCAAUCGGUGUUUUGGAAGAAAGUGAAGCUUGGGACCUCUUUAAAAAGAUGGCAGGGGACAGUGUUGAGAAUCUUGAGUUGUGGUCUACAGCAAUUAAGGUAGCACAAAAAUGUGCUGGAUUGCCGGUCGCCAUUACCACAGUUGCAAGGUCUUUAAGAAACAAGGGUUUAUUUGCAUGGAAUGAUGCUCUGAGAAAACUACAGAGGCCUUCUCCUACAAACUUCACAGGGAUACCGGCACAUGUAUACUCAGCUAUAGAGUUGAGUUACAAUCAUUUAGAAAGUGAGGAACUCAAACAGACUUUCUUGCUUUGCAGUCUACUAGGUCACCAUGUUGCCAUUCAAGACUUGUUGAAAUUUACCAUGGGUUUGGGUUUAAAAAAUGAGGAUGUUCUGAAAGAUUGGCCUGAUGAAGAUACUAUGAAAAUGUGCAGUAGCAUUAGUUUGUCCUAGAUAGUAUUAAUGAGUAUUAAUGAGCUUCCUGAUGAGUUGAAAUGUCCUCAACUUGCUUUCUUCCAUAUGGGUAGCAAGGAUGCUUCUGUAAGAAUACCAGCUAACUUUUUUAAGGAAACGAAAGAUCUUAAAGUCCUAGAUUUAACUGACAUGCAUCUUCCCUCCUUACCUUCAUCAAUUUGUCUCUUAACAAAUCUUCGUACACUAUGCCUAGAUUUAUGUGUGCUAGGAGAUAUAGCCAUUAUUGAAGGGCUCAAGGAUUUAAAAGUUCUUUGCCUUAUAGGAUCUGAUAUUGAAAGACUACCGAGGGAAAUUGCACGGUUGACACAGCUAAGGUUAUUAGAUCUGCAUGAUUGCACCCAACUCAAAGUAAUCCCUCCGAAUGUCUUAUCAAGUUUGUCCAGAUUAGAAGAAUUAUACAUGGGUAACAGUUUUGUCCAAUGGGAAGCAGAGGGACAUGCCAAUGAAAGAAGCAAUGCUAGUCUUGCAGAAUUGAAAUCUUUGUCUCGUUUGACCACUUUAGAGGUUCAUAUUCCUGAUGCCAAGAUUAUGCCAAGCGACUUGUUUUUUGAAAAGUUGGAAAGAUACAACAUCUUUUUGGAAGAUAAGUGGAAUUGGUUUGAUGCGAAUGAAUACUCGAGAACUCUGAACCUCAAGCUAGAUUCUGGCAUUGAUGAUUUGGAUCUUGGAACUAAAAUGUUGUUGAAGAAAGCUGAAGAUCUACACCUACAUGAAAUGAAAGGUGUCAAGGUUGGGCUGAAUGAGUUGGAAGAUGGGGAAGGUUUUCCACAUUUGAAAAAUCUCCAUAUCCAAAAUGGUUUGGAGAUUCAAUAUAUCAUUCAUGACAAUGAUGCAGUUGAUAAAGUUGAGUUUCUUCAACUAAGGUCAUUGACACUUCAGGAUCUACCACAACUUAUAAGCUUUUGCUCUGGAAACAGAAGAGGCUUUACUUCCAUAUCUCCACUGGAAUUUCCACUUUUCAAUGAAAAGGUGGUGUUUCCAUGCUUGGAAAAUCUGCGGUUGUCCUCAAUUAACGUUGAACGGAUAUGGCACAAUCAGCUUUCUGAAAUAUCUUAUUGCUUUCAGAAUCUGAUAAGAUUGAUCAUUGAAGAUUGUGGCAAGUUAAAACGCCUAUUAUCCUCUUCUAUGAUUAGAAGUCUAGAGCAUCUCAAAAGCUUUGAGAUAAGUGACUGCAAGUGCUUAAGAGAGAUAAUACUCACAGAGGAUAUAGAAGAAGAAAACAAGUCUAUGGUUUUAUUUCCUCGGUUAAACUCUCUUAAAAUAAAGAGUAUGCAACAUCUUAUUGGGUUUUGCUCAGAAAAUCAUAGUAUUGAAUUCCCAUCCUUGAAGCUAUUGGAGAUAGAGCACUGCCCUCAAUUUAAGGGAUUCAUGUACAAAUCUACGAUGGAGGACAACCAACGUUGCUCUACACAAGCUCUCUUCGACGAAAAGGUUGCAUUUCCCUGUUUGGAGAAAAUGACGAUUUCCCACUUAAGAAAUCUGAAGGUGAUAUGGCACAGCUAGCUCUUUGCAAGUUCCUUUUGCAAACUGGAAGAAAUGAGAGUUGAACACUGUAAUGAGUUGCUGACCGUUUUUCCAUCUAACAUAUUGGGAACAUUCCAACAACUGCAAACUCCGAAAAUAUCCAGUUGUGGUUCACUAGAAGAAGUAUUUGACCUUCAAAGGUUAAAUGUGGAAGAAACACAGGUUGUAGCCACUCAAUUAAGAGAAUUGAAUAUUGUUCAUUUACCAAAAUUGAAGCAGAUUUGGAAUAAUGAUCCCCAAGAAAUUUUAACCUUUCAAAAUCUAUGCACAGUAUAUGUUUGGGAUUGUUGGAAUCUGAAGAAUGUGUUUCCACCCUCUGUAGCUAGUGUUCUUCCUCAGCUUAAAGAUCUUAAAAUAUAUAGCAGUGGGUUCGAGGAGAUUGUUUCGAAGGAGGAAGGAUCGGAAAUGGCUAUUACUUUUGAGUUUCAUCAAGUAUCCUCCCUUAUUCUUUGGAACCUACCAAAACUAAAAUGUUUCUACCCAGGAAAGCAUACAACGAAGUGGCCAAUGUUAAAGAAGUUGAUAACCUAUCAUUGCAAUGACAUAAUGAUACUCAGUACAGAACAGCGGAACAUCCAAGAAAUGAAUGGUGGCUAUCAACUUGAAUCCCCAAUCCAACCACCACUUUUCUUGGUUGAAAAGGUCAUCCCUAAACUUAAAGAAUUGUCAUUAAACUGUGAUGACAUUACAAUGAUGCGUGAUAGUCAGUUUUCAAGAAGCCUUUUUCCUGGAGUAAAAGUCCUUAAGUUGCUCUGCUACCAUGAUGAAAAUGCUAUUUUUCCAAUUGCUUUCGUUGAAAGAUUCCAAAAUCUAGAAAGGCUUGAGGUGAUUUGUUGUAAAUUCAAAGAACUAUUCUCUUCUGAAGGAGAUAUAGGUUUGGAGAGACGUGCUGGGACACUUUCACAAAUUAGAACCUUAAAAUUGGAUGGUCUUGAUAAUCUUCUGCAUAUAUGGAAGCAAGACUCACGACUAGACCACAUUCUUCUAAAUCUUGAUACUCUUGAAGUUCACAACUGUAGGGGUCUGAUUGGUUUAGGAUUGUCCUUGUCAUCAUUUCAAAAUCUCAAGACCUUGGACGUGUGGGAGUGCAAUGCAAUGAUAAAUUUAGUUACAUCCUUAGCAGUCCAAAGUCUGGUGCAACUUGAAAAAAUGAGGAUAAUAGAGUGCCUUUCAAUGAAAGAAAUUGUUGGAGAUCCGGGAGAUGAAGAAACUUAUGACAUUAUUUUCAGUAACCUGAAAUGUUUGGAACUUCAACAUUUACCAAAGCUUACAAGCUUUUGUUCAGGCAAUCACACAUUUGAGUUCCCAUCUUUGGAACAAGUAAUUGUGAGCCAGUGUCCCGAAUUGAAGAUUUUUUGUCAUGGAGUUCUAAAUGUCCCACUGCUGAAAAGAGUCCAAAAAACAAACAAAGAUGAUAAAGGAUCUUGGGUUGGUGAUCUCAACAGCACCAUCCAACAGCUUUGCACAGAACAGGUUGGAUUCCAAGGAAUGGAGUAUUGCGUACUUUCCGAAUUUUCUAAGUCAAUGGUGAUUUGGAAUGAGAAUCUUCCUGGAGUUUUAGACUUCAAAAAUCUUAAGAGUUUGGAAGUCUAUGGAUGUAAUAGAUUGAAGUACAUUUUUACCUUUUCCAUGGCUUUGGAUCUUCAGCAACUCAAAGAGAUAAAAGUUAAAGAUUGCCUCAUGAUGGAGCACAUUAUUACAAAUGAUGGAGAGGAAGCAGCGACAUUGACAAUCAUGUUCCCUUGGCUUCAGUUCAUAACUCUUGAGUCAUGUUCAAACUUGACAAGUUUUUAUUCAGGAAUUAAUAUAUUGGAAUGUCCAUCUCUGAAAGAAAUUAUUCUAGUUGACUGUCCAAAGAUAUUUGCAUUUGCAUCCACAAUUUCCAGAGAGCAAGGGCCUGAGAAAUUUGACAGAGGAAAUAUGAAAAGGAAUGGAAAGGGAAUCCCCUAUGACUCUGUUGCACCCUUUUUCAGUGAGAAGGUAUUGUGUCCCCACUUGGAGUACUUGCGAUUGUGUUCAAUUAACAUUCGAAAAAUAUGGCACGAUCAACUACAAGUAACAUCUUCAAAUCUUCAGAAUUUAAAGACUUUGAUUGUGGAGGGUUGUCACAGUUUGAAAUAUCUAUUUCUACCUACCAUGGGAAAAACUUUUUUGCAACUCAGGGACCUUUAUAUUAUUAAUUGUCAGAAUGUGGAGGAAGUAAUCAUCGUAGAAGGAUUAACAGAAAAAGAAAGGAUAUCACAAAUGUUUUUUCCUAAACUAGAAUUACUGGAGCUCAGAGGCCUUCCCAAACUUGUGAGAUUCUGCCAUGGAAAUUACUUUGUCUUCCCUCUCUUGAGAACACUAUGGAUAGCAGACUGUCCUGAAUUCGAAUACUUUAAUUUCCAAUUCUCUAAUUGGAGGUCAACCUCAGAUGGCUCAAAAGGAGGAAGGAAACAAGUCAGAGUAUUCUUGUAUAUUCUUGUCGCAUUCCCUAGAAUAAAAGAAUUGAGAAUUGCAGGCAUGGGGAACUGGAGAAAGAUUUGGCAGGACAAACUCACUGUGGAUUCCUUUUGUGAACUAAAUUUCCUCUUAGUGAAAAAUUGUGAAAGACUUUUGAAUAUUUUUCCGUUUGACAUGAUGGAAAGACUUGACAAACUAAAAGAACUGCAUAUAUGGAACUGUGCUUCAUUAGAAGAAAUAAUUGGAGCUCAUGAGCUCAAUUCCUAUGAAUCACAUGUGAUUAAUGCUACUCAAUCAACCAUCAUGUUUGUACUUCCUAAAGUAACAUUCCUUGGACUUUCUACACUUCCCAAAUUGAAGUGUUUCUACUCCAAGAUCCAUACUACAGAAUGGCCGUCAUUAAUAGAAUUGCAAGUGAUUGGAUGCAGCAAAGUAGAGAUAUUCGCUGGGGAGUAUCUAAACUUACAAGAAGUGCAAAGAGAGAGCCAACUUGAAAUCUCUACUCAACAACCCUUGUUUUGGGUCAGUAAGGAGACGUUCCCCAAUCUUGAAGUAUUAAUUCUCGAGCAGAAUGACAUUAUGAAGGAGAUAUGGCUUGGACAACUUCCAACACAAUAUUUUAGCAAACUAAGAGGGCUUGAGCUCAUAAGCUUUCCUUUCAAUGCAGUUUCUGUCCCAGAUUGUUUCAUUCAGUCAUUACCAAAUCUUGCAAAGCUUGUUGUCAGUGAAGCUUCCUUUAAUGAAAUAUUUCAAUGUGAAGGACGUGAGGGUGUGGGAGAACAUGCAAAAGCACUUGCUUUGUUGAGUGAACUAAGGCUAUCCGAACUUCCCGAGCUGACAUGUCUCUGGAAGGAAGAAACACCACUUGGAGAUGCUUUUUAUAACCUGAGAACUCUAGAGGUGAUGGGAUGUGGAAAAUUAAUGAAUUUAGUGCCAUCCUCUGUGUAUUUUGAAAAUUUGACAACUUUGGAAGUAUCAAAAUGCCAUGGAUUUAUAACUUUAAUAGCACUCCCAACUGCUAAAAGCAUGGUGCAUCUCGCAAGAAUGAGUAUUACUGAUUGCCAAAUGAUGGAAGAAGUCGUAGCUUGUGCAAGUGAAGUGAAGGAUGGCAUCAUUUUCUCCCAACUGAAGUAUUUGGAACUUGGUAAUCUUCCGAGCCUAUCAAGCUUCUGCUCAGGGAAAUGUUCCUUUCUAUUCCCUUCCUUGGAAAAUGUUACUGUCAGAAACUGUUCAAAGAUGAAGAUUUUCUCUCAAGGAGAGUUGAGCACACCCAAUAUGCAGAGAGUUCAAUUUGCUGAAGAUGAAGAGCGUUGGGAUGGAAAUCUAAACACAACUAUGGAACAGAUCUUCAUACAAAUGAAUGUCUCCAAUUCUAAAGAGGAGGAAGGUUGUUCCUCACACCCCAAGUUCAAUCAAGACAAUGCUUCUAUGUUUUUGUGAGACACUGAAGCUCACGUUUGUUAGAACUUCCAUUGGGUCAGAUGAUGGUUCUGGCACUUUUUGAUCUUAGGACGAAUGGUCAACACUACCCAUUAUGUCAUGGUGCCAGGAAAAUAUUUCCCUUCCCAAAGAUAAUGUAUUAGAAGUUCUGCUAUUUGUGCAAGUCUGUAUUGAUUUCUAGGUAAAUUACAGCACUUGAAUCUAAUUAGCUUAAAGAUAUCUUUUACGAGUCUGUAAAUGUAGACACCUACAUUUGUUUUGUUCUAAGAAAGAGCCAGUACUUUUGAUGAGCUUAUCCAACAAGGUGAAUUUAACUGAGUAUCAUACCCUGAUGUUCCACAAGGCACAGUGACUGCAUCUCUCAAAAAUUUUGAGGCCUUCGAAUCAAGAAAGCCAGUUUUUGACAGGAUCAUGGAGGCUUUGGAAGCUUCUACCAUCAGCCUGAUAGGGGUGUGUGGGAUGGGAGGUGAGCAAGACCACACUAGUCGAGGAAGUUGCAAGUUGAGGAGGUUGAGAUAUUUGCUUCGGUGGUAGGGAAGCUUUAACUCAGAGUCCUGAUAUUCUGAACAUUCAAGACCAAAUUGCAGAGUUAUUGGCUUUAAAGCUGGAAGAAAAGCUUACAGUAGUAAGAGUACAAUGGAAAAAUCUCAUCUCUUUAACUCCUCUUAACAAAGCAGUGCAUCUAAGUAGCAGUCAAAGAACUCAACCAGCAGCUCACCAAAGCCAUCUGAUGCAGCAGAAGUCUGCUGCACCACCCUAGCUAAGCAACUGCUGGUCCAUGACCAAGGCAGGUUAAGACAACAGCAGCUAAGCUAAGCCUUCAUUACAGUCGCAAAAUAAGUCUUAUCCACUUUGACAGCAAGGGUUCGAGUACUCAAGCACUUAUCCAUUCAAGCAGCUGAAGAUUCAAAGCAAAGUCUAUCUAUGGCAGUUGUUCAAGACUUGAUAUUUUUAAAUUCAAUAGGAUCGUGCUGAUCAUCAUUGUAUUGUUCAAAUUUAAAUGUAGAUAAGCCUUAUCACCAUACCAUGUAACUUUGUAAAAAAAUGUGGAUACAUUACAUCCAUGAAUCAGAUCCGUUUUUU